AUGAGAACCCUGGCGAUGACGCUGGCCGCGGUGGUGGCUUCGACGGCUGCUGUGACGAGUCCGCCUCUUGUCCAAUGGUUUGCGCCCUUUAUGAGCGGCGGCGGCUACUGCAGCGAAGCCAUCUCGUUCGUCGAAGCGCUCGCCGCCUUGGCGUCGCCGGCGUAUACGCUGCAGAUCACGCAGCACGGCGACUCGUUCAACAAUGACUUUGCCGCGCACCUACCGGUCGCCACACGAGAUACGCUCGAGGCGCACUGGUUCAACCCGUACUGGUCGCCGGCACCGCCGCGGAUCGCUGUGUGCCACUCGGAGCCUGGCGCGUGGCAUCCUGCUCGGUACCACACGAGCACGUGUCCGCCCAUUGGCUCGGCUUACGCAAUCGGUCGCACCAUGUUUGAGACCGACCGGAUUCCGUCGGGCUGGGCUGACCGCAUGGCGGCCAUGGACGAAAUCUGGGUCCCCACACAGUUCCAGAAGCAGGUGUUUCAGGACGGCGGCGUCCCCGAAGCCAAGCUCGUGGUUGUGCCUGAAGCCGUCGACGUGACGUAUUUUGAUCCUGAGAAAGCGACACCAUUGGCGCUGCCCGGCGUCGAUGCGUCCACGAUCGUCUUCCUCUCCAUCUUCAAGUGGGAGGAGCGCAAGGGCUGGAAGAUCCUGCUGCGGUCCUACUUGCGCGCAUUCCCACGUGACGCCAACGUGCUCCUCGUACUCUUGACCAACGCGUAUCACAGCUCGAGCGAUUUUGAGGCGAUGAUCACGGAGUUUGCACUGGACGACCUGCAGCGCGACCUCGACGACUUGCCGCGCGUGCACGUCCUUCCACCGCACUUGCCCCAGGACGAGCUCCCAUCUUUGUACAAGGCCGCGACGGCGUUCGUGCUGCCGUCGCGCGGCGAAGGCUGGGGCCGCCCGCAUGUCGAGGCCAUGGCCAUGGGCCUGCCGGUGAUUGCGACCUUUUGGAGCGGACCGACCGAGUUUAUGACGCAAGACAACUCAUUUCCGCUGCAAAUUGACGGACUCGUACCGAUUCUGGACGGUGCGUUCAAGGGGCAUUUGUGGGCCAAUCCGUCCGAGACGCAUCUCAUCGAGCUCUUGCAGUACGUGGCGACGCACCCCGAGGAUGCCAAGGCCAAGGGACAGCGCGCCCGCGCCGACAUGGUCGACAAGUACGCGCCGUCGAUCGUCGCAGAGAUCGUGGACGCCCACUGGCAGCGCAUCUUGGCCAGUUUGCCGAUCGACGAGCCGCACGAAGAGUUGUAAUCCAGCAGUCC